AUGCCGACGUUGAACUGGAAGCAGGAAGCUAACGAUGUUAUCAUUCCGUUGAUGGGUCCAACCGGUGCAGGAAAAAGCACAUUCAUCAACCUCAUCGCAGGAAAGGAGGUAACAACCGUCGGUCACGACCUUGAGUCAUGCACGGUCAGGCCCCUCCCAGUCGUCAUCGAUUCUUUACAAAGUGAUUUAUUGAACGACGGAAGAUUGGUUCUCGUGGAUACCCCUGGAUUAGUCGAUACUGCCGAUGGUUAUGCUGAUAUCUUGCGCGGCAUAGAUUCCUGGCUUGAAACUAACUCCCGCGACAGUCAUGGGCAUAAAGCGGAGGCGAAGCUUGCUGGCAUUGUUUACCUUCAUGACAUAUCAUUGACACGCAAGCUGGGAUCAACUCCGAAGCUUGAUGUCUUUCAGAAACUGUGCGGGAAAGACGCUGUGAAGCGGGUGGUUAUCUGCACGACAAAGUGGUCGGAUGUCUACCAGGAUGACGGAGAGAAGCGGACCGAGCACCUCAAAGAGAAUUACUGGAAGGAGAUGAUCGAGGGCGGAUCGACCGUUCGUAAAUUCGAGGAUUCUCAGAAAUCUGCCUGGGAUGUGAUCGUACCAAUCAUCAAGGAAGAUCGAUUUGUAAAAUUACAAGAGGAACUGGAGAAACUUAUUCCUAGUACCGAGGAGGGUCCGCAGCUGCGAAAUAGUCUCAACCAGUUGUUAAAAAGCUUAAAACAAGCUUCUAGCAACGAUUCUUUUCCGCGCAAGGAGCUUGAUGCUCAAAUUGCUGCCAUCAGGGCAAUUUCUGUUACCCGACGCAUCUUUGAUCUUGUCGACAAAUUUAUAAACAAAUACAUCGCUCCUCCGUCACCCUCUAGAGGUAACAAGCUCUCUGUCCCCGCCGUGGGUGCAAGACUACAAGCAGAUGUCAAGGAGCUGGUCAUGUUGCUUGGCGAAACGGAGACCUCAUACGAGAGACUACUCACGCUCUCUGCUGCUGAAAUAACGAAUUUUGGCAGUGAUGAACAGGCUACAACUGAAGUGCGCUGUUGGUCCGUAAAAAGGGAGGGCUUGAAGCCUCUAUUUGUUGUCGCAGCUCCAAGCUUUGAUUCUCAUCGAGGCGGCGGCAACCUCGAGAAGAUUCGAACUUGGUUGGGGCGUUCGUGCCGCGAGGACAUGCAAUUUGGCAUCAUUUACAUUCGUAAUCCAUCACCCUCUGGCCCCUCCCAUGCUGGGCGCGCGUUUGAGUUCGUUAGAGAAUCCGAUUUCAAAUUUCGGGCCCUCUUUGCAACUUUCGCCAGUGAGGCAACAGGUGCAGUCGAUCGCAAUUACCACUUCGACGGCAGUGUCGCUUCUUUUCAAGAAACCAGCGAACAAGCCUCAAAGAUGUUUGACAUUGCCCUUCGCAAUCUUGUUGAACUUGACCUCCUUUUGGAAGCACUUCAGGCCAUCUGGGAAGGGGCCACUAAGUGGCCUAGGAUACGCUGA